CAGCGAGCUGUUCCAUAUAAACAACACCUGCACAACUCCAGAGAAAAUGGCUCUCACACUUCUGGAUUAUCUUUUUGAUCGAGAAACACAAGCCUGUUCCAAUAUAUCUGGAACAGGAAAGCACAGAAAGAGACAACUGGAUCCUCUCAUGGUGUAUGGAAUUCGAUGUCACCUCAUAUACAAAUUUGGAAUCACACCAGUAGACUGGAUGCGAAUCAAACAGAAUUUAGACUCCAAGUGUCGAACUGCGUUCAGACGUAAACAAAAGGGAUUACCGCUAACAAGAAAAGGUUGUCCUCUAGAUAUGAUAGAGGUUGAAGAUAACUCCACUCAUCUUGUGACAUAUCCUCUCUCUGGGGGUGUAGUCAAGGAGGUCAUGUCCAGUGAUGGAGAGAUGUCAGAAAGCAGUGGCUUUGAAUUAAUCUGCUACCAAACAGACCUGGGUACAACAAAUUUUAAUUUUCAAACAAGCGAAGGAGCAGGAGUUGAAGACAGUCAUGCUACAGGGACACAUUCAGGUCUUAACCCUCAGCGUAAAAAAAUUCACAUUGUGCGUGCCACUCCUGAGCAAGUAGCUGAACUACAGCAGGCACCAGACAUUAAGGUUUUGUCUACUGGUCAAGUUUGGACAGUUCCAGCAGUGAAGGAGGUACAAGACCAAUCUCAAUAGUCCAAGGAGAAUUGCAUUGAACAACCAAAAUCAAGUCUUACCCAGUCAGUGGUCACUAGUUUGCUUCAUAGAUUAAAUUCUAAUCCACAAACAUUCAACUGAUUUUCAUAGCUGAGACCAUUCAGAUUUUCACGACUUAUUGAACAUAAUGUUAAGUUUUAUUUUACUUUUGUUAAAGCAAGUGUUGACAAUUGUAUAUGUAACAUUUUGAACUGUACUAAGAGCUAUUUUGAAAUGAAGUAAUCUUUAUCUCAUAUACGUUGAAGGAAAUACAUAAACAAAAACAAUUCAUCCGAUGGCUGAUGUUGUAGUUAAUUUAUUUUUUCCGUAGUAGCUAACUUCGGAUGGGAUGGUGAUCCACCUCUUGAGGAUUCAAGCUAUUAAUUCUUCUGAUUGGAAUCUCGAGGUGGAUCACAAAAGGGAGCUCCACCACUCUCAGUAUCCCAUUUUAACCACUGUUUUUUCAUAAUGUUUGAACUAUGUUUUAUGUAAGUAAGUGUAUAUUUUAUUGCCAUCAUAUCUUCCACAUGAUAAGAAAUGUAUUUUUUUUAUUUUGUAAAGUUUCAACCAUUGGUGAAUGAAGUUUUUUUACCAAUAAGUUUGAAUAGUGUGAGUUAAGAGGGUCUUUGUAGCAUAUGUGUGUGCACUUGUACCUGUGUAAUAUAAGAAUGCUAUAUUGAUCUCUAUUGCUCUCAUUUUAUUUAUUUACUUGACCACAGUUGUAUUAUUUGAAAUAUGGUCAAAUAAGAGAUAGAUUUAAAAAAAAAUAUUUUUGAUUGCUGGCCAAAUCAUCCCAAAAUGCCUGAUGUUGAUUUUUUUUUUUUGUCUUACCUAAAAUAAAAUUAGAUUUUGGACCAAAGAACUGUUAUAUCAUCCACUUUACAUUAAAUUUCAUGCACAGUAC